UCAAAAAAGGAAAAUUUUUUCUGCCGCAAACAUAAAAUUUAAUAAACAGGCAAAUUUUAUUAUUUGAAGCAAUUGCGGGAAUAAUGGGUCGUAAAAAAGUAGGCGAAUUAGUCCGAUCGUGCUUUUUAGUUGGAGAGGGGUUAUUUGUGUGCAAAUUUUGCCAAACGAAAUUAACAAGCGAUCACUUGGGAAAUUUCAAAAGCCAUUUGAUCAGAAGACAUAAGGAAGCCUUUGGAAGGCUUCAGGACGAGCAAGUGCAGCAGCAACAAGUACAGCAAAGCGAAAAUGCUGACGACCCAGCAAGAAAAAAAAUUAAAAUUGAGCUUGAGCUAAGUGAAAACGACGUGCAAGAUAUUUGCGCGGGUUUCGUUACGGAAUGCGGUGUAGCCUUAAGAUUUUUUAAUACCAACACUUUUCAAAAGUUAUUUACGCCAAUAUGUCGACAAUUAAGUUUGCACAAAAUUACCCGUAAUAAUAUAGGGGAGAUUUUAAUGCAAAAACAUACAACUGAAGUUAACAAUUUAAAAACAACACUAAAAAAUCGCAUAAUAUCUAUAAAAAUUGACAGUGCCCAGCGGCUUUUUCGUAACGUGGUAUGCUUAAAUGCGCAAUAUUUACUAAAUGGAGAAAUUACCAUAAAAACGUUGGCAGUAAAUAAUUUUCGUGAAAAACACACCGCAAGAAACCUAAAAGAACUAAUUUUGAAAAGUCUAGAAAGAUAUGAUAUCACAAUUAGUCAAGUGUACAGUAUCACAAGUGAUAACGGCAGCAACAUGGUCAGCUGCGGAAACCUCCUGCAACACGAAAGUAAGGAAGUAGAAAUGCCUUUACUAAAUCCAUCAGAAGAUGUCGACGAUGCCUUUUUUGAAAGUUUCGAAACCAUUUUUGAAGAUCUAGAAUUCGACACUUGUGUUUCGCAAAAUUUUCAGUCAAUUGUAGUUAUACGAUGUGCCGCGCAUACCAUACAGCUAAGCGUAAACGACGUUUUUAAAAAUGAAGAAAUUAAAAACUGUUUUAGAGAAUGCCGCAAUGUAGUGCGAAAGCUGCGUACGCCAGCAAUGCACAGACUCAUAUCGUCACAAAAUUUAUUGCCUCCCACAGCUGAUUGUCCAACUCGUUGGUCUUACUCGUAUGAGUUACUUAAACGGUUGAGAAACUUAGACACAUUCAUCUCAGAAAAUAUGAAAGAAGCCAAUAUUAACUGGUCAUUUGUAGAUGAAUUUUUAAGCAGCUUCAGCAUAAUUAAAAAGACAACCGUAAAAUUGCAAGAAAAAAAUUUGCUAUUUGGAGACUUCAUUAAAACCUAUUUGGAAAUGAUUCUUGUUGUAAAGAAAGAAGCGGACAAAUAUCACAUUUCCAAACUUUUGUUGCAGUCUUUAAACCAGAGGAAAGAUAACUUGCUCCAAAACCCAACCGUGGCGGCAGCAAUCUAUCUUGAUCCGCGACUGAGACGGUUACUCCACAGUCCAGAAUUCGCACCUUUAAAAUCAGUUGCAGUAGCGCAUUUGAAGGCUCUCUACUUAAAAAUUCAUGGGAAUGACAACAAUACGCAAGAGCCUGCUGCUAAUUCAAGUAGUGAAGUACAUGAAGACAGUGACAAUCUGCUUGUCACACUACUAAACCAAAUCUCCCAAUACGAACCAAGAAGCGAAAAUACCACAGAGGCAUUUUCAAUCAUAGAAGCAUUCAAUGAAAAUUGCGAUUUGAAGGCCAAUUUAGCAGACUAUUGGGAGUCAAAAAAAUUUACUCACAGUACCAGCUAUACAAAAUUAUUCAUGCAACUCCCGCUACGCAAGUUAGUGUAG